AUGGUAGAGCCAAGUAUGCUCUUACCCCCCUUUAAAUUGAAACAAAAAUUCCUGUUCCAAUUUAAGGGGAUUAAUUUUUUAAAUAAAUAUUUAUAUUAAAUUUUUUCUAUAUAGCCCAGGAGCGAUUUUUGAUCGCCCUGGGCUAGGAUAAGACUCAGAAACUCCCCGAGUUGGUUUUUCAACUCGAGUUGACAAACUAAAUCGGGAGUUGGCAAAUACCUUAUAUAAGAGGCAUUUGCCAACUCCCCGAGUUUGGUUUGUCAACUUGAGUUGAAAAACCAACUCGGGGAUUUUCUGAGCCUUAGCCUUAUCCUAGGCCAGGGCGAUCUAAAAUCGCUCCUGGCUAUAACAAAAUUUUAAAAAAUCAAAAAAAAUAAAAAUUGAGUACAAUAUUUUUGAAUUUUAAUUAAUUUUUGAAGAAUUAAAAUUAUUCCAUACAAUGUCAAAACUGUUAAAAUAAUAUUCUACUUAAUUUUUCUAAUUGUAUUAGGCUAUAAAAAAAAUAUUUUCAUCUAUAAAUUUACUAUUAAAAAAAAUUCUUUCCAAUUUAAAGGGAUCCAAAAAAUUGAAAAUUAUCGAUAUUUGUUACAAUUUAAGGAGGGGAACUAGUCAAAAGAAGAAAUACAAGAAUUAAUAGUGCAGACCUGCAGAUUUUAGAAAGAAUUGAAAGAACAAUCGACUCUUUGAUCAAGCAAAAACGAUUUUUAGAUUGCAUAGAAUUCGUAAACAAAGCAUUACCAAUCCGAAAAUCAUUUUAUGGCGAAAAUAGCAAUGAGGUUUUAUCAUUUUUAGCCCAAAUGCUAAAGCUUAUAUCAAAAGGAGCAGGAUUAUUAGUUUACAAAGAAAACCCUCUAGAAGCCAUCAAAAUCCUCCAAAACUUAUUAAAAAUUUCCCAGCCUUAUCAUUUAAAACUAAUCCCUGAGUCUUGCAGUGUGCUAAAUACCUUAGCAUGUGCAUACAGGCACUGUGGAAGAUACCAGAAAUCCCUAAAAUUCGCCCACCAAGCCUUACAAAUAAUUAAGGAUUAUCCUGACAUUGAUGUAGAUCGUUCUUCAUUAUAUUUAAAUUUAUGCACAAUUUAUUCAAAUUUAAACACCCACAAAGACGCUGCUUAUUAUUGCAAACUCGCCGUCCAAAAUGCACAAGAAGAGCUUGUAAAUUUAAACUCUUCAAAAGAUACAGAGGAUUAUAAACAGAAAAUCAAAAUUUUGGGGGUUGCUUAUCACAACUUAGGGGUUGAGGAAGAGUGCUUAAAACAUUAUGAAAGCUCUAUUGAAUGAUAUAAAAAAUCAGUCUCAUUUAUGAAAAGCUAUGCAGAUGAGUCCCAAAGCCAAUUAUUAGAAAAUUUCAAAAAAACGUAUAAAGCUGCUGUAGAAAGCCAAAUCAAUAGAGAAAAAACCAAAAAAUUAAAUGGGAAAAAAAAUAAUUAUGCAUUUGCUUCAGCGAGGCUUGAUGAAAAUAUGAAAAUUUUUGGGGAGAGUGAGUCUGAUUUAUCGCCAAUAAGUCCUGUAAGGAAAGGGAAAAAUAGUAAGUUUCAUUCUUCGAGAAACUCGAUGCCGAAUCUUAUGAAGUUUAUAAGGAGCAGCGAACCUUCUCCAAUAUACCAAUCUCCGAGAUUUAGCAGCAGAAAUUUAGAUUUGGAUGAUACUGGGACAUUAAUUACAAAAGGCGAUUAUUCGAGAGAAUACAAAGAAACUGAAAAUGACACUGAUUUAAGAGAGCUUGAGCAGCUAGGGUUGCUUGAUUACAGUAUUGACAAUAAAGGCAAACACUCAAGAAAGCUUGAAUCAGUAGGCUCUAUUUCAAGAAGCAGCAAAAGUGAUAUAAAAGACCUGGAUAAAUAUACAAUUCCAGUACAUCCUUCAGACUCUUCUAUUGUUAUAAAAUCAAAUGAUAUAAGCAUAAAGCAUAGUGAAAAUACUUUAAAUAUAGAAAAUUCACUAAAUUUUAAGCCUAUACAUACAAAUGAGCUAAAAUUAACAGAGGAAAUAGACCAAAAAAAUUCCCAGAACACUGAUUCUUCACGGAAAUUUAUUGUGCAAUUGAGCGAAAUUAAAAAAAAUUCUGAGUCAUCAAGGGAGUCAUUAGAUAUAAUUUUGCCUGAUCCGAUUCUACCUCAAAGAAAAACAAAUGAAAUAGAGGCAAUAAAGCAAACUAUUAAUGAUAAAGAAGAUCCAAAGCAAACAAUUAUUGAUAAAAAGGAAGGGAAAAAUAAGGUUAGCCUUUUAAUUAAAGCUACAACGGAGAAUAAAUUGGCAUUAUUAUUAGGAGAAGAUGCACCAAUGGAUAAUUAUGAACCUUCAUUUGGAGGGAUUAAUGAAGAAAAAGUAGAAAACAAUAAAAAAUUGACAAGUAAAAAAGAAGAGAAAUUUCUAGAGGAAGAAAAAAUAAAUAGUAAAGACCUUCAAAAAAAGGAAAAAGAGAAAUUUUUAGAAGAAGAGAAAAUAAAUCGGAAAGAUCUUAAACAAAAUGAUUCAAUUGAAAUUUUGAGGCAGUUUUCAUUAAAAAAAGAAAUUAAAAGGAAGGACUCAGAAGAUAGAAAAAUCAGCCAACAAGCUUUGCCAACUUCAAGGAAUCUUCUUGCACUUAUAAGCAGCAGGUCAAUACAGUCUGGAACAAACUCAUCAAUUCCAACCCCUUCAUUCUCUACAAAAUUAAAAUCCACCCAAUCAUGCACUUUUAGAAAUGAAGAAGAAAAGCCUGAAAAAGAUUUUCAAAAGAAAAAUAUUUUAGAAAGCGAGCAAGGUGGAAAAAAUCUGAUACAAAAUAUAAGAUCAAAAUCAAGCGAAAUUGCGUCAAGAAAGAUAAUAACAGAAAGACAAAAUCCAGUAGAAAUAAAAACAGGAGCUGCGCUGCCAGUUUCUAAUAGAGAUUUAUUAGCAUUAAUUAAAGCCAAAAAUCCAAUAAUGACAUAUCGAAAGGACGAAGGAUUAAAAAAUCCAGAAACAGGCCCACCAGCACUUACUGCCCCACCUUGAAAUUGAAGAAAAUAUCGGCAAAAUUUCUAUUUUUGGUACCCAGUAAAUUUUAGUUUUUAAAAGGCAAAUUUUACAGGUAAAAAUAAAAUUUUUAUAUUACAAGUUUUACCCUUAUUUAAUGGAAGAAAUGCAAUUAGAAUAGUUUUUUUAACAGUUUUCACAAUAAAUCGAUUAAAUUCUUUAAUUAAUUCUUUAUAAAAAUAAAUUAAAUUCAAAAUAUCGUGUUCAAUUUAUUUUUUUUUAUAUUUUUAAAUUAUUUUUUCGAUUAAAAAAAUUACCUCUUUAAAUUUAAACAGGAUUUUUUGUUUCCAAUUUAAAUGAGAUAGUUAGAAAAAGAACUCAAAAGCAAGGAAACAACCCAAUACCUGAAAAUAGACAAAAUAUAAGUAUAGCCCAAACUGAUAGAAAUAUUCCAAUAGAACCUUCCAAAAAAUCUGAAAUUAUCUCCCAAAAUAAAAAUCCAAAUCCUGAUCCUCCAUCUAAAGAACAAUUCAUAUUAGAAAAAAUUAGUUCAAUUGAUGGGGCAGACUAUAUGAUUACUAUAAGCAAAGCAAGCCAGGACGAUUUUAUAAUCAAAGCCCUAAGCUUAAGCACCCAAGAAGUCUAUACUUUAACCCAAAAACAGCCACAAAAUAUGAAAAUUGACGAUUUCGUAAAAAAUUUGACCAUUGAAAAUGGGAAAUUAUCUUUGCUAUAUUCAGACCAAGAUAUCGCAAAAAUCACAAAAAUCCAAAAUGUUUUUAGAAGAAAAAAAAGGCAACAAAGCAAAAACACAGAAAUCCCUGACGAAAUUUUAAUAAAAGGAGAAAGACAUAUACAAGGCCAAAAGUAUAAAAUUUCGAUUAUGAAAACCAAAAGCAAUAUCACAAUGGGAGACAGUUCUAAAACAAAAUUUAUCCCUGGAGAGUAUAUACGGAUUAUGCUUAAUGGUUUAAAUGAAGCUCCUAAUCCAAAACCUGUGACUUAUUCAGUAAGCGAAGUGUGCGAACUUAUGGAUUUGUGGGAAAAUUCAGAAGUUUAUGAGAAGAAAAAUGAAAUUUUGGUUAUGUUGGGAUCACAACUAUUGAUUGGCCUUGAGUGUCCUCUUCCCUUCUUGUUUAUCCUAUAGUUCCAGAAUUAAUGCUAAAUAUUUAUUUGGCAUGCCAAGUCCUUAAAUUAGCUUGCCAAGAGAUGAAUAAUAGGGAAAAAAAAGCUUAUGCCUGAGCUGCACCUUUUCCAGCCAUAUAACGUUGAUAUUGAAAACUCUGAAGUAAUUAUACGCAAGUGCUCAUUGGUUGAGCCAAGAUUGAUUUAUUCGACAUCAAGAGUACUGAAUAACACUUUUAAAUAUGUGCUUAAUUUUUUUGAUAUAAGCUAUAUUGAUGCAUUUGAAGAUAUUUUAAUAGAAGCAGUAGCAGACAAAAAGACCCCAGCUAUAGAAAAUGUUUUCUCCAUAUCGAGAAAUGAGCUUGGAAAAAUUCUUGAAAUUGACCCACAAAAUGUUGAUAAAAACUUUGAGCAUGUCGCUGAUUUGAUAAUAAUAGAAGGGAUGAGGGAAAUAAAUAUUUGUAAAAGAAUAUUGAAAGAAAGUGCUCCGACAUAAAGGGGAUAAAAAAUUUAAAUAAAUAUUUUUAAAUGAAUUUUAAUAAAAAAAUUAAAAAAAUACUCCGACAAUUAAUAUAUCGGUAAAUAAAGAAGAAAAUUUUAAAAAGUCAAGUGAAGGAAAUACAACUAGAAGAAGCGAUGAAAAUACAACAAGAAGAAGUGAUGAUAGUAAUGUUGUGAGAACAAAUAUAAGGUUUACAUUAAGAAAAAGCGUAAAAGAUGAGAGAUUUGGGAAGGGGAUAAAAACCUUACUCUUCCCUAUUUAGAACAAAAAAAAUUAUGUUAGGGGGUUAAUUGUUUUUACAAUUUUAUAAAAAUUAAUUGAUUCAGUGUGAAAACUGUUUAAAUAAUAUUCUAUUUGCACUUUUCAUUAAAUUGCAUCAAAAUAAUUUUAUAAAAUUUGUAUUUUCUUCUAUAAUUAUAUUUGCUCCAAUUCAAAGAGGGAGCUAGAGAAAGUAGCUAUCGGCCAUAUAAUGCGAAAUUUAAAUACCGUGCUAGGCAGAAAGGCUGAUAAUGCAGAGCCACAGUUGUGUGUUAUUCAAGGCAAACAUAUUUUUGUAACUAUUUUUUAA